AGUAAAGGUUAUUUCAAUAGUUUUAAUAGGGUACAUACAUCCUAUGAAUUUGGUUCGUACAUUCCUGCUCCCUUAAGCAAGGAGAUGAGAUGAUGAGGAUGCUCUUCCUUCUUCAUUUUCUGUAUUUUUUUGGCAAUUCAUUUAUCAUAAUGAAUACUUAUCAUUUUUGCUUCUGUUAAGCACCAAAAACAAGGUUUGUAAAUGCUUACAUACAAUAUGUACAUAAAUUCAUAAAAGUAUUUGGAAAUCGUGUAUGCGUGUUGACUAUUUGCAUUGACUGUUGUCGGCUGUAUUGUAAUUAAAUUGAUUUAUACCUGUAUUUAUGCAUUCAAUUAGAUUCGAUUAUCUAAUAUUGGCGACAUUCAAGAGGCCCAGGAAAGGAGUAGUGUCGAUUGCGCAACAGAGCCAUGGGGCAGAGGUUGCGAGUGUGUGUUCCGGCUCAGGCUGCGCCUGCGAUUGCCUAAACACGCAAUGGUAAUCAUUUCAAUGGGUUUAUUUUCGGAAAUUCCUUUUACUUCAAGGAUUCGGUUUGGCUUGUACCAAAUUACGCCAAUGACAUGAUAUGAACUGGAAACGAAGUUGAAGUGAAAGUUUUUGAAGGGAAUGGAAUGCUGGGAGUGAAAAAGUAAACCGAAACUAUGCUAUGCUAUGACUGGCAGGCCCUGCAGUGGCCUCUGACGUCGACGGAACUGUGAUUGUGGGUCACACCCUACUGCCGCAACUGCUUGCGGCUCGGCGCGGCUCCUUUUGUGUGUGCGUUGUAUGUCGUGGAUGGCGGGGAGUGAGGAGACGUGGGGAUGCGUGUGUAGUAUUGGAAGCAUUGCCUGCCAUCCGGCAACAACAGCUACAAUGGCGAAAGUUUAAUGAGUGCAAUUUUUGUAAAUGAAAGCAAAAUGAAAUGAGCAGACAAACGGACGAACGAACUGGUAGACGUGUUUUUGCAGUGAAUCAAGUAAGACCGACGAACAAGUCAUACGGAGGAAACACGCGACGGGGUGCAGACGGUGUCGCAGAGUCGAUUCGGCUUCGAGUACAACUUUUUUGAGAGAAUUGAGAGACAAUCAGGAUGAGGUCCAGCGGCGGAGCACCGGAGAAUGGCGAUGGCGAGGAGGACGGAGAAAGUGGGCAGGACCACCAUGAGGGCGAUCCGCGUCCGUUGCCGUACGACUUUGAACAGGAGCUGAUCAGAAAGUCCAACAGGCAUAUACGCCUCUACGAAGCCUUCGUUCCGGUUAGCAAAGAGUAUAUGCUGACUCGCAAGUUCUACGCCGAGUACGAGCAGCGGAAGCCGGCGCAGCCCCUGCGCUUCCUGCGCUACACCCAACCGGAGAGACUGCUGGAGCGGCAGAGGCAGCUGGGCUUGGGGACACCGCUGCUGGAAUCGCAAAUGUAUGGCUGGCUGCCGGUGCAGGGUCGAAAGUGUGCCUUAGAGCUAAAUUUCCUGCAUGCCCCAAAACUGCGCUGCAGCAUGACGAUCCAUGGCGAAAACUUGAUGGCGGAGCGCAUCACGGAGCGUCCUGCAUUCAAUGGACUGCGGUUUUUGCUUCAUUAGAAACGCAAAGA